AGGACGUUGUAAUCCAGCACAUAAUCUUCUCUUAACCAACUUGUUAACAUUAACAAACCUGGUUCUCCAUCUUUAUCCUUAACCCCAACAAUUAACCAACAUUGACCUCUUCUUAAUCUCUUCCUCAAAAUCUAAAUCCUUAUAAUCUUCUUAUUCAUUUAUUGGUUUAUUGAAAUUAUCAACUUAAUAAUCCAACAAAAGGACAAAACCUUCUCUUAGAAUUCUCCAUCAAAUUCAGAUCCUUUCUUAUAGUUGGUAACACAACACAAUCAUUAAGAACGCAACCACAAUAUAAAACCAAAACGGUGUCGUAUAGAGAAACACACACCAGAAGGAAGAAGAAGAAGAAAUGAGGUGUAAGAAACACUUACCGGAUCUUACAAGCACCGUCGGUGUUUGCGCCUCUUGCCUCCGUGAACGCCUCCAGCUAAUUUUUGAAGUCCAGGUCCAAGCCCAAACCCAAGACCAGGCCCAACCACCUGAGAACGAGAAGAAUCUUCCAUCAUUGCAGGCUGAUUUUCCAUGCUCGGUUUCGCCGUACGUUUCUCACCUGAAAUCCGAUACUCGCCUGAAGGAGAUUGUGUUUCAAACUACGCCGGAGGUUGAAUUAAAAUCAUCCGCCGUAAACGACGGAGGAAGUGGAUCUGAGAAACGGAGAUUGAAGAGAUUCUGGAUUUUAUCGAAUUUGUUCCGAACAAGAACAAAUUCAGAUCAAGAAUCAUGCGAGAUUUCAUCAUCGGUGCUAGCAUCAGCAUCUCCUCCGUCAGCGACGACGGUUCCCGCUCGCCGGAAAAACAACAACCGCGUUAGUGAUCAACGGAGAUGCCGUCAAAUAGAUCGGGGAGCAUCACCGGUGGAUAAUUUCGAAACACUAGACCGAUCGGAAUUUGUAAACUCGUCGGAAUCUUCACCGCGGAGUCGGAACAAGACGACGGUGAUGACGACGGCGCGGCGGUCGAAGCUAGGUUACGCCGGGAAGAGUUUAGCUAGUAUGGCGUUUUGUUUGAGUCCGUUGGUUCGGGCGAGUCCGAAUCGGAACUGGAAUAAGGGAUUGGGACAGGAAUUGAAUGCGGGUGGGGUGCACCAUAUUUCCAGUGCAGCUUCAUUUUGCGCCAGUCGAUCAAGGAAGCUUGUUGAUCUUGGAAGACCCGUGAAUAAACGUUGAUGUUUUUUUUACGGUGGUAAUUCCUUUUUACUUGUUGUCAUAAUUCUUCUCCAUGUAUUGUAUACUGUAUAUAGUACUCUCACUCUGUAUACAAUGUUAAAUGUUAAUAGUUUUUUUCUUUUUUAUAGAAGAAAUUGAACUUGUGUAAUGAUUAUUGACACUGAGGUGCAAUUUAAUUCAUAUCUUUUCAA